AUGGAACCAAAGAAUGAUACAAGGAUUUCAGAUUUUCUUCUUCUGGGACUUUCAGAAGAACCAGAAUUGCAGCCCCUCCUCUUUGGGAUUUUCCUCUCCAUGUACCUGAUCACUGUGUGUGGAAACCUGCUCAUCAUCCUGGUCAUCAUCUCAGAUUCCCACCUGCACACCCCCAUGUACUUCUUCCUCUCCAACCUGUCUUUUGUAGACAUCUGUUUCACCUCCACCACUGUCCCAAAGAUGCUGGUGAACAUCCAGACACACAGUAAGGUCAUCACCUAUGUUGACUGCAUUAUCCAGAUGUACUUCUUCAUGAUCUUUGUAGCAUUAGAUGACUUUCUCCUAGCAGUGAUGGCCUAUGACCGGUAUGUGGCCAUUUGUCACCCUCUACACUAUUCAGUUAUCAUGAACCCUCGGCUCUGUGUGUUGUUAGUUCUUUUGUCCUGGAUCAUGAGUUUCCUGACUUCAUUAUUACAUACCUUAGUGACAUUGAGGCUGUCCUUCUGUCCACCAGUGGAAAUCCCCCACUUCUUCUGUGAACUUAAUCAGGUGGUCCACCUUGCCUGCUCCGACACCUUUCUUAAUGACAUGGUGAUGAAUUUUGGAUCUAUGUUGCUGGUUGGUGGUCCAUUCUCUGGGAUCCUUUACUCUUACUGUAAGAUAGUUUCCUCCAUUCGUGCAAUCUCAUCAGCUCAGGGGAAGUAUAAAGCAUUUUCCACCUGUGCCUCUCACCUGUCAGUUGUCUCUUUAUUUUAUAGUACAAUUAUACUUGUGUACCUUAGUUCUUCUGUUCUCCAAAAUUCUCACUCAAGUGCAGCAGCCUCGGUGAUGUACACUGUGGUCAUACCCAUGCUGAACCCCUUCAUCUACAGUCUGAGGAACAAAGAUGUAAAGAGGGCUCUGAGAACUUUCCUGUGGAGGAAAACUAACAAAGGAUGA